ACUCCACGGACAAGAUGUUAAGCAAAGUGUUUCGGUACAUCAAGAAAAAAACAUUGAACGAGCGGGUUCAAUCGCGGGACGCUUUUAUUUACUUGGAUCGGGUCAUGUGGUCCAUGGGCUGGACAGAGCCAAAAAGCAAUAAGUAAAUAUUAUAAUACUUUUUCUCUAAAGAUGGAGAUAUGUGGGCAACUUUUAUGGUUGUUUUGAUGUUCAUCCUUCUGCCAAUUUCAAUGACCAUCGAGUACAUUCAGCGGUUCAAGAGCUUUUCGGCUGGCGAGUUCCUCACUUCCCUUGAAAUCGGGGUUAACAUGUAUGGAAGUUCCUUUAAGUGCGCUUUCACCAUGAUUGGCUAAAAGAAAAGGCAGGAAGCCAAGAGAAUACUGGAUUUGCUGGACAAGAGCUGCAUCACAGUUCAUCGCAUGGCUUUGGGAAACUUACUUGAUAUCAUGUAUUACAUAUUUUACUCCAGAUUUGUGGUCAUGAACUUUCCGUACUUUCUGCUGAAGGGACGUCAUGCCUGGAGAAUGUAUUUUCCCCUGAUCGACUCCGGUGAGCAAUUCUUUAUCUCCAGCAUCGCGGAAUGCCUUCUGAUGACACGGUGGAUCUACAUGGAUCUGUGCACGGAUGUUUGUCCCUUGGUCUCCUUGCUGAUGGCUCGAUGUCACUUAAACCUUCUCAAGGAUCGACUGCAGCAGCCCAUUAUCCUCACGGCAGGAGGUGUUUUCCCGAUUUGCAUGCAAACAACUUUAGCUAUGGUGAAAUUGGCAUUUCUGUGGUCACGAUCAUCAAGCAAUUUAAUUUGACCGAGCAGUUUCAAUUAAACGAGAGAACCUAAACUUAAUUCUAAAAACA